AUGCAAACUGAAAUGAAAACUCUGCUUUUUAUCCUUAGCAUCGGAUCGGCACUUGCUAUCCGUUGCUACCAGUGCUCCUCGCAAACGGAUCCGAAAGGAAUCGAUAACUGUGGUGCGUACAAAGCCUUCAACAAGACGCAAAACAUUGCCAUCGAGUGCAACAGUGACGAGUCGCACAUGCCCGGAUCCUUCUGCAUGAAGGUGGUACACCAGAGUCCGCGGGGAUUCAUAUGGGAUGGGCGAUGGCGACAGGUGAUUAGACAGUGCGCGUCCGUGUCGGAAACAGGUGUUACCGGUGUAUGUAACUGGGGUGUAUAUGAGAAUGGUGUGUACUGGGAAGAAUGCUACUGUGUGGAGGAUGAGUGCAAUAGCGCCCCGCAGAUUAAAACAACAUCGAUAGUCCUUUUGUGCCUUGUUUCGAUGCUGUUUGUUGCGAAAAUUCUUUCGUGA